AUGGAUGAUAGCAGACAUCGCGAAAAUGGAAGGAAUAAACCACCUCAGGGUCAGUGGUUUAUGCAGCAUCAACCAUCGAUGAAACAGAUAAUGGCCAUUAUGGCUGAAAAGGCUGCUCCUAUCCAUGAAAGAAAUUUUGCCCUUUCUAGAAAAAAGGCUGCCCUAGCCGAGCGAGAUGUGACUAUCCUGCAACGAGAUUCUGCAAUAGUGGAUCGUAAUAAUGCCAUGAUAGAACGAGACAAGGCUAUUGCUACUCUUCAAUAUCAGGAAAAUGCCAUGAAUGGUGGUAAUGUGUCACAAUGUUCAUUCGGAUGCCAAAUUUCACAUGGGAUGAAACACAUACCCCAUCUUCAGCAGCACGUACACCACUCCCACAUGAGUGAAGCUCCAUUUGAUACCGGGGAUACACACGUGAAUGAUACCAUUCCAUUGUCCCCAAUAGCUCCCGAGCCUGCAAAGUCACACGGUACAAAGCAUGCAAAGAAAGCAAAGGUGGUAACAUCUACAAGGAAGACUACAAAAUCAUCAAAGAAAGUUAAAUGGGAAAGUGAGGACAUUGACAGAACAUUGUUUAAAAAGUCACAAGGGGAAAGUGGGUCUGAUAUGGGUUUCACCAGUGACGAACUUAAUAUGCCACUCGGAGGGGAAAAGCCAGGUUGGAAGGAUCAGGACCUUGGACUGAACCAGGUUGCAUUUGACGAGUCGACCAUGCUAGUACCUGUCUGCUCUUGCACUGGAGCUUUCAGGUCGUGCUACAAAUGGGGUAAUGGAGGUUGGCAAUCUUCAUGUUGCACGACCAAUUUGUCAAUGUAUCCACUGUCGGCAGUGCCUAACAAGCGACAUGCUCGAAUCAGUGGUCGGAAAAGAUAA